AUGGCGGACGUUCAAUCCCAGCUGCAGUCACUCACGGAGGACUAUCAAAAACUUCAGCAAGACUUGCAAAAUGUUGUUGCAUCACGUCAAAAGCUCGAGGGACAGAGGCAAGAGAACGCCGGCGUCCAAAAGGAGUUUGACACGAUGGCCGAGGAUGAGACGAUUUACAAGCUGAUGGGACCCGUUCUCCUCAAGCAAGACAAGGUAGAAGCUGAGAGCACAGUGAAGGGACGACUGGACUUCAUCACGGGCGAAAUCGCACGGCUAGAAGAUACAAUCCGAGAAAUUCAGGAGAAGAUGAACAAGAAGAAGGCCGAGAUCAUCCAGAUCCAGGCGUCGGCCCAGGCGCAGCCCCCCGGAGAGGGCAGUCACCGUCUUGGCCUAGGCCGCCCAUUGCCUAAAAGUGUUGGUACUAUCAAUGCUGCAAAGGACUGGAUAUAUGACUUUGCCUGCCACAAGAUCCUGGAGCCUGUGAUCGCCCCGGACCUCUGUCGAUCGUUGCAAACCUCCCGGGCUCGAUCUGCCGUUGACAUCAUCCAAGACGAGAAUGAGAUGGAGGGUAACUCCUUUUCACGCCCUGCGCGUCCGCAGACGGUUGAAUCACUUGUCACGCAGGCCGAAUCGUUCAACUUCAACGGCAACAUACCCUUCAGGCACUGGGUCCGAGCUGCCGACACCUUGUUCCAAGAGGCACAUUUCGCUCUCAACGAAGGCGACUAUGCCAGAGCAUACAUGAUGUUCUAUCGACAAUCCGUUCUCGUCAUCAAGUGUAUGCCUACGCACCCCUACUUCAAGGACGCGGAAAAUGCAAAGAUAUGGAAGUCACUAUCGAGGCGAGUCGACAGGGAAAUAUUGCCCGACAUGGAGCACCUGAAGCCCAUAAUCAAGCGUGAUUACCUUGAAUGGGAGAAGCUGUCCGAGAACGACGGCCAACAGCCGCCGGCGCACACGCCGUCGAGCUACGAAGACUACGCGAGAAGAGACCCCAGCCUCAGCGGCCAUGCCAAAGUCCUCGAUGCCUCCGAGCAUCAGGAACUGGCUGUCGACUUGGCUCAAAAGGAGCUAGCUCGGAGAGACACGGUCAGGCGGCAGUCUCGGUUUCCCCUCUCCUCCCGCCACGAAGCCUUUGUGCACACCAACGCAGAACAAGGCGGCUCUGUCCGGAGAGACAACGGAUCCGGGGCCGAAAACGAUGGCGAUAUGCGUAGCCAGAUGGAAGAGGCGAGACGAGCGCUGGGUUCCGGUCGGCAAGCGGCAAGUGCUGAAGCCAGCAUCCGCCAUGGGCCGACGUCCAACACCGCUCCGGUUCACUACAGCUAUCCUUCCAUCUCCAAAUCCGAGGCAGUACGGUACGACACUAGCCAUUCGCCGGUGGAAACGGUGCCGAAUCGACCACCGAAGGAGAGCUUGCGUUUGUCGGAUGGAAAGGGCGGCCACAUUCGUUCCCUCGAUCACGCCUCGCUGCCUGCUGUUCCUGGCAAAAUCCCUCUCGAGACCCGGUUGAGGCCACCAUCUGCGCUGGCCGACAGACCCUUUCUCCCCCCCAAAGCACCGCUGGAUGGGCCCUCGAUGCCGAGGAAAGAGCGGUUCGCGUUCAAGCCCGGGGCGUAUCUGGAGAACGGUGAUCCCAUUCGGUCCAUUUUCCUUCCGAGUCAGCUACGGUCCAGCUUCCUCGACAUUGCCUCGGAGAACACGCGAGCCGGACUGGAGAUGUGCGGAAUCCUCUGCGGCACACCGGUCAACAAUGCCUUGUUCGUGCGAUGUCUUUUGAUUCCCGACCAAAAGUGCACCUCCGACACGUGCGAGACGGAGAACGAGGGUGCCAUGUUCGACUACUGUGCGAGCGAGGACCUGAUGGUUCUGGGAUGGAUUCACACCCACCCCACGCAGACGUGCUUCAUGAGCUCUCGCGACCUGCACACACAUGCCGGCUAUCAGGUCAUGAUGCCUGAGAGUAUCGCGAUUGUUUGUGCCCCACGCUUUGAUCCAUCAUAUGGGAUAUUUCGGCUCACCCACCCACCUGGCCUCGACCACAUUCUGGAUUGCAAGCACCAAGAUACCUUCCAUCAGCACUCUAUCGGGAACAUUUACACGAAAGCGGAGCACCCGUACGGCCACGUGUACGAAAGCGAUAAGAUGCCUUUCUACGUACAGGACCUGCGAACGAAGUAG